AUGACGUUCUUUGCAACAUCAUUACCACUGUUGGCACCUCAAAACGACAGCGCCCCGUCAACAGGUGCUAAGAAGAAGAAUAAGAAGAAGAAGUCCACGGCGGCCAAGGCCAGUGCUGCGCAGGUCGCUGCUACGGAUGCAUCCCCAACAGAACCAACUGGCCCUGCAGCUUCUACCGAAGAGCCCGAGACACAAAAUGGUGGCGGCCCCGGCCGCGACGAUGCUGGCGAGGUUGUAGACGCACCCUCAAAAGACGACGCACCAGUGUCAACCCGAGAGGCCAUGCAUGGACCGCCCUUUGCUAACCGCCAUUGGACGCAGCAGAAGCCCGACAUCGACACUGAAAUACCUGCAAACAUGACGAUGCCGCCUAGCCCGACAAAACCGUCGACUAACGGGGAAGUGGACGGCGGCAACGACAACGGCAACGGCCACACUCGGAGCGGCUCGACGGCCAACGGCCACGCGAUACCAUUCCACUCAAAGACCGACAAGACCAACGCCGAGAGUACCGCGAUUGACAAGGACGGCGAUAAGGACACGUCCACUGCCAGCCGCAACGGUGACCAGUCCUCCAACUCAGCAGCAACAUCAGCACCAUCCUCACCCACCACCACUGUGUCCAAGGCCACAAGCACAACCCCGCGCGCCGCCACGACGAUGAACGACGGCCCCGAGGGCGAGUCGGACCCCGCUGAGCUAGAACGGCUGCGACAGCAGGUUGCAGAGCUUCGAAAGGCGCAGGAGUCCCACGAGGAGGAAACGAAAAAGCUGCGGUCCGAUCUUGAGGAGAGCGAGGCUCAGCGCGACGCAGCAGACAGCCGUUACGAUGAUCUCGUGACCCGGGUUGAGAAGCUCAAAGAGAACAUUAGCUCCCGGUUCCUGCGCGACAAGGAGGAGCUGGAGGAGAACAGAGAACGCAUCGAGGAGCUCGAGGCAGAAAACGAGCGCCUGCUGCAAGCCAAAGCCAACGCCGAGGCGUCCACAGCCGCUGCCGCCAACGAGGUGGCGCGACUGCAACGCGAACUCGACGUCAUUGAUAACGAGCAUGACCGCGAGCAGGAAGAGAUCCGGAACCGCACCCAUCUGUCGCAGCAAAACUGGCAGCGCGAGAAAAAGGAGCUGAUGCAGCAACUGGAAAACCUGCAAAAGGAACUGAUCAAUACCAGAGAGGGUAUGAACGACUGGGAGGUCAUCGCGCUCGAAGAGCGCAACCGAACCACCUUGCUGGAAAGCAAGGCGUCUGAUCUGGAAGAGCAGGUCGGCGUCCUGCGUGAACAGUACGAACGAGCCGCCGAGGACCGCGAUGCACAGGCCGCUACUGUCGAGAGCUUGCAGCGCUCCCUGGAGGAUCUCCAGAACGCACGCCGGCACGAGCUGCGCGAGAUGGUCCAGGAAUCGGAGGCCAAGCUUGAUGCGGCCGAAACACGCGCGCAAAAGGCCGAGAGAGAGGCCGUAGAGGCCAAUGAAGAGGCCGAGGUGCUUCGGACAAAGCUUGCGCAUGCCUCUACCAUGGAGGUCGAGCUGAAGGAAAAGACGGCCGCUCUUGCGAAACUGCGGCACGAGUCGCUGGGUCUGAACGAACACCUCAUCAGGGCUCUCCGCUUCAUCAAAAAAAUGAAGCCAGAAGAAGCCGUGGAGCAGUAUGUCACCCUGCUUCCGCAAGUGAUGACCAACCUCUUGCUUCAAUUCCUGCAGAUUGACCGCUCGGACCCCAAGAAGUUCCAGGUGCUGCAGGUCAUUGCCGGCAUGCUCCAUUGGACAGACGACGAAAAGGAAAGGGCCGGUCUCGCGCGGCCGGGUACGUCGAGCAGCUCGCUGCGGCUGCCGGCCUCUCCGUUUGGACGGACACCGAGCACACCGUCCUUGAACACCGAGUUCCUCUUGGAAUCCUCGUCGCUGUCCGGACCGCCCCCUACCAACAAGUCCCUCAGCACCAUGUUCAAGGCAUUUUUGGAAGAGAGCGUCAACGAGACGUCUGCGCCGCCCGUUUCGGCGGACGACCCUUUGUUGACGGCACUGCUAAACACGCGGCCGUCGGGCUCACGAUCGACCGACACGAAGGCAUCGAACAGCAUUUCGUCGGGGACACAAGCGUCUGACGCUGGGCCGUCUCCUGCGGUACCGUCUGGUGCAGGGUCGCCUGGUGCAGGGGCGCCUGGUGCAGGGGCGCCCGAGAAGACUGAUGCCGCAUAA